AUGAAUGGUAUAAUUCCUGAAAUGGAACAAAAAAUCAGUCAACUGGAAAGGGGAACUGUGGUAACUAAAUUUUUUUCAAGGAAGAGGCCAGAGAAAAAUACUCUUAUGAUACGAAGAGAAACUAGACAAAUUAUUUGGGCAAGAAGCGCAACAUUUAGACCUUGUGAUGAAUCUGUUGAAAUUCGAGAAAUCAAGGGAAUUAAAAAAGGAAAAUAUUCUAAGGACUUUGAAAAAUGGCCAGAAGAUGCAAAAAGGACAGAAUUCUCGAGUUGUUUUGUUAUAUAUUAUGGUUCAGAAUUUCGUCUUAAAACACUUUCGAUCUCUGCCCUUAGUGAAAAAGAAUGUCAUCUUUGGGUACAUGGGCUACAAUAUUUAGUUCAAGACACUAUAAAAGCUCCAUAUCCUUUACAAGUUGAAAGAUGGCUAAGAAAAGAGUUUUAUGCAAUGGAAAAUUCAAGAGAAACAGUUACAUUGAAAGAUGUGAAAGCAUUUUUACUUAGAGUUAAUUGUAAAGUAGCAACAAACAGACUUAGAGAACUUUUUCAAGAAAUAGAUACGGGAAACAGAAACGAACUUGGUUUCGACGAUUUUGUUGGACUUUACCAUAAACUUAUGUUCGAUCAAAAUAAUUUUCUAGAUUGGAGGAAAUUACUCAAUUAUUCGAAAACAGGACCGAUUGUUACUGUUCAUGACUUUCAGAACUUUUUAAUAACUGAACAACAAGACCCUUUAGGAAAUAAUGAGAUAGAAGUUUCACGUUUUAUUAGAGAUUAUUUACAAGAUCCCCAAAGAGAUGUACAGGAACCGCACUUCACGUUUUCUGAAUUCAUCGAUUUCUUAUUUUCAAAGCAAAAUUGUGUUUGGGAUUCCAAAUAUUCUGAAAUAUACCAUGAUAUGAACAAACCUCUUUCACAUUAUUGGAUAGCUUCAUCACAUAACACCUAUCUAAUGGGUGAUCAGAUUAGUAGUGAAAGUAGUUGUCAAGCGUAUGUACGUGCUUUAAGAUCUGGUUGCAGAUGCAUAGAACUUGAUUGUUGGGAUGGACCAGAUGGGAUGCCAUUUAUUUUUCAUGGCCAUACGCUUACCACAAAAAUAAAAUUUCUGGAUGUCAUUAAAACCAUUAGAGAGCAUGCUUUUGUUACUUCAAUAUAUCCUGUGAUUCUAUCGAUUGAGGAUAAUUGCACGCUGCCUCAACAACGUAAAAUGGCAAUUACCAUGCAAGAAGUAUUUGGUGACAUGCUGUUAGUUCAACCUGUAGAUAAACAUGAAACUUGUUUGCCAUCGCCUCAUGCAUUGAUACAAAAAAUUAUAUUAAAGCAUAAAAAGUUACCUGAUGGUGUCGAUGAGACGUCAUUCCUCAUUCGAAAUGAUGAAAGCAGACAAGAAGUGGACCUCAGAAAUACAGUAAAAAAUGGUAUUCUUUAUCUGGAAGAUCCUGUCGAUAAAGAAUGGAAUCCACAUUUCUUUGUACUGACUCAACAAAAGUUAUUCUAUACGGACACGUUUUCUAGAACACCGGACACUGAACACGAUGAUGACGAAGAAGAUGUUGUUCAACGGCCUACAGAUGGUGUGCCCAAUGAUGAAUUACAUUUUGGAGAAAAAUGGUUUCAUGGCAAACUGGCAAGAGGCAGAGAAGAAGCAGAAGAACUACUACGCCGUUAUUCGCAUCUUGGAGAUGGUACUUUUUUAGUUCGACAAUGCGUUACGUUUGUAGGCGAUUACUGUCUUUCCUUUUGGCGUAAAGGCAAAGUAAAUCAUUGUCGUAUUAAACUGAAGCAAGAGAUGGGUCAAACACAAUAUUAUCUUAUUGACACUAAUUGCUUCGAUAGUUUGUACAGUUUAAUUACGCAUUAUCGUAAUCAUCCAUUAAGGAGCCAAGAAUUUUUAAUCACGCUUCAAGAACCCGUUCCACAACCAAAUAAACAUGAAGAGAAAGAAUGGUGGCAUGUCGAUUGUAGCCGUACUUUGGCCGAGGAAAUGUUAAAACGCAUUCCUACGGAUGGUGCAUUUUUGGUCAGGCCAAGUGAAAAAGAAAGCAAUUCUUAUGCUAUUUCAUUUAGAGCAGAAAAAAAGAUUAAGCAUUGUAGAAUUAAACAAGAAGGGCGUUUAUAUACUAUUGAUACAAUACAGUUUGAAAGUUUAGUCGAAUUAGUUAAUUAUUAUGAAAGGCAUCCAUUGUAUAAAAAAAUAAAGUUAAGCCAUCCUGUAAAUCAAGACGUUAUUAGAAGAAUGGGACUAGAUGUCGAUGACAGCUCUGUUUAUGGUAUUCCCGGUUACAUGGAUCCUACGAGUUUUACAUCAAAAGUAACUGUGAAAGCUAUCUAUGAUUAUACAGCAAGGAGAGAUGAUGAAUUAACGUUAGUGAAACAUGCUAUAAUAACAAAUGUUCAUCGACAAAGUGGUGGUUGGUGGCGGGGAGACUAUGGAGGUAAAAAGCAACAUUGGUUUCCAGCUAAUUAUGUAGAAGAAAUAGAACCUCAAGAUAAUCAGGGAGAUUCAACAGAUUCUAUGAUGUUUGGUAACCUUCAAAAAGGCUCAUUGGAUAUUAUGGGUGCUGUUGUUGAGCUAAGAGUAGGUGGAAGACCUGGAUUAGAAUGGAUAUUGAGAAUUCAAAGUCCUAGUAUGGUUUCAGCGUUUGAAGUGGCUACUUCUUCCAAAGAUACUGCAUUAGAAUGGAUGUCAAGUAUUAAAGAAACAGUACAAAGUGCAAGUGUCCGGGAAAAUCAGCACAAAGAAAUGGAACGUGCAUGGAGAAUAGCAAAAGAAAUGUCAAAUUUAAUAGUUUAUUGCAGAUCGGUUGCAUUUAAUUUAGACAGAAUAAGAACCAAAGGUUUCGUAUUUAAUGAAAUGAGUAGCUUUCCUGAAACAAAAGCAGAAAAACUUAUGUGUCAACAAGAGAAUAAAUUUUUCUUGAAAUACCAUCAGGUUCAAUUUAGUAGAGUAUAUCCCAAAGGACAACGUAUUGAUUCGUCGAAUUAUAAUCCUGUGCCAAUGUGGAAUUCCGGAUGUCAGAUGGUAGCAUUAAAUUAUCAAACUGGAGAUAAGUCGAUGCAGCUCAACCAAGCGAAAUUUAGUGAAAAUGGCAACUGCGGUUAUAUUUUGAAACCUGAAUUUAUGUUUAGGGAUGAUUUUAUUCCCCAAGACAAAAAUAGCUUAUAUGGUGUAGAAUCUCUUAAAUUUAAUAUAAAAAUUAUUGGCGCUAGACAUUUAAUUAGAUCAGGACGGCGUAUAGCAAAUCCUUUGGUCGAAAUUGAAAUCGUAGGAGCAGAUUUUGAUACCGGUACAAAACUGAGAACUAAAACGAUUCCUGAUAAUGGAUUUAAUCCCAUGUGGAAUGAGUCUUGUGAGUUUGAAGUAGCUAAUCCAUACUUCGCAUUCAUACGAUUUGUUGUGCAGGACGUAGAUAUGUUUGAUGAUAGUAAUUUCAUUGGACAUGCCACUUAUCCUGUACGGUGUUUACGAUCAGGUUACAGAAAUGUCCCAUUAAAGAAUAAUUAUAGCGAAGAUCUAGAACUUGCAUCACUGUUAAUACAUCUUCGAAUUACACCCUCAAGUAUGCACACGCAUAAUUUAUAA